CUUUUCCCACUUUCCGCUCGGCAGGGCGAAGCACACGGAGGUGAGGAAAGCUAUUCCUGAGAGAUCUUGUCGGAACGAGAAGCGGUUGCCUUCCGUGUGGUGCAGACUUGUGAAUGGACUGCUCUGCUAUGUGCAAGUGAGGCCGAAAGGAGUGCUGCAGGUGAGUAGAGCAUGUCGUCCACGACAGCCACCACCCAUAAGCCGCUCUCGUCGUGUGUGAAGAUGCAUGGCUCGACGCUGCUCUGUGUGAAUCCGAUGCUGCUCAGGUAGUCCACCAGAGUCACGUGCCAGGCCCUGGGUGCUUCCUUGAGACGUUUGGGCUGUACCCGGCUGCGGCGGCAGUGUCGGCGGCGGCGUUGCAGCCAUGGAUGAGAUGCGAAAGCAGCUGGCCGACUUGAUGGGCACCAUCGUCGACGAUAGCCAGGGAGGGAAGAAGAAGCGCUUUGACGAUGACGACGUCUGCAAGAACUACCUGUGCGGCAUCUGCCCAAAAGACCUUCUCAGACAUACGGUAUGGUACCAAGCAACAGACCAGAUCUGCACACUUUGCCCCGUCUCGGAACCACUGCUUCCUUCCUUCGUGUGUGUGUGUGGGCAGCGGCUGACAAUGGGCGACUGCGGCUUGGUCCACUCCGAUGCACUUAAGGCCGAGUGAGCAAGCUAAGCCCAUACAUUCCUAGGUCCUGUUGAUGCAUCCGAUGCAAUGUGCCCAAAAGGUACGAGUCGCGUCGGCGGAAGCAGCGCUACGGUUACGAGGAGGAUCUGCUGGCCGACUUGGACAAGCUGCUGGCCGAGUGUGACCGCAAGAUCGCCAAGGCCCAGCAGCGGGUGGAGGACGACGAACGCGACUUCGACAACAGACUGCGCGAGGCCGAGGGCGAUGAGGACGUCAAGCGCCUCAACAACAUCAUCGAAGCUAGGAUGAAAGAGGUCAGGCAGACACACACAGACAGAGCACGGCGUAGCGGAGUGUGUGUGUGUGUGUGUCUCUGUGUCUGUGUGUCUGUGGUGUGUCAGGCAGAGGAUUUGGGUGCGUCGGGUGACGUAGGCGGGUCGAUGAAGGCGAUGCAGGAGGUGUCGGUUCUCGAGUCCCAGAAGAAGGACCUCAUCAUCAACAAAGCCGUACACAAGAUGAAGACAUCAGCCGACGGAAGUCAGUGAGCCACACGACAACCAAGACAUUUCUGUGUGCCUAUGUUUGCCUGUGUUGGUGUGGUUUGCAAUAAUCAGGCUCAGCCCAGGCGCAGUACGUGGCGGCGCUCCGGAGUCAGGAGAGGAUGCGCAUGACGGUGUGCGACGUCUGCGGGGCAUACCUCAACGCCAACAACAGAGAGGGUAGGGGACACGGGCAGCCAGCCACACAGGGUGUGUGUCGGCUCACUCCUCUCUCUCUGUGUGUGUGUGUGCAGGCGACGAGAAGCGUGCCAGCGACCAUCGGUCGGGCAAGAUCCACAUCGCCUUCCUCCAGAUGCGCGAGAAAGCCAAAGAAAUAAAGGUAGGUCAGCCACAAGCCCACACCCACACCCAAGUCCACACCCAGUUCAUGUUUCGUUCCUCAGAAGUGGCUGGCCGACGACGCGCCGACCGAGUGGGCCCCCACCGCCUCCCCCCCCCCUGACGCCGACCGUGGCUGGUCCAAGGACCGCUCUUCCAAGGACCGCUCCGCAUCCUCGGCCAACGACCACAGGUGGCGCAGCAGAAGCAGGGACAGAGACAGAGACCGCGACAGAGAUAGAGCCCGAGACCGCGACAGAGACCGAGAGCGAGACCGGUACGACUCACCCCGGGGGAGGAAAUCGCGGCGGAGGGACGACAGCCGAGAGAGGGACCGGGAGAGGGACAGAGAUCGAGAUCGGUCGAGGCGGGGCUAUCGUGAGAGGGAGGAGUCGGGGGGCAGGGAGGGGAGGCGGUACAGGGACUGACUGAGUAAGUGACGGAAAGAGGGAGGGUGGGUGAGGAGCGAGAAUGGGGAUCGUGCGAUGAGAACAGCAGAAGGGGCACAGAGAAGGCGGGAUUGGGUGAUCGUCUCUUGCUGCGUUUGGUGGCCGGGCCUUUGUAGAGUCGGCGCCAUGUUGCCGGGAGCUGCCUUCGGCAUCGCGUCAGGCAGUUCCAGCCACCAUGGCGCACGCAACACAAAGGCCGGCGUGAAAACGCAAAUGGAUCAGAAUGCUAACGUGUUGUUGCCGCUCCUCGGCGCUGUGUGUGAGGCGUGGGUUGUCGAUCUCGAGGCUGGCGGCGCGGUCUGUCUUGCCGUCGUCAUCCCCCGAUGGCACACACAGCUCAGAGGGGAUCACACAUCUUCACCUAUGUCGGCACGGUUGUCUGUGUCUGUCUGAUGUGCUCAGACCAAUUAAGGGAGUGUGUACGUCCCGUCCCCUCCGUGAAUAACAACCUUCAAUGACCCAUGUCUGUCUGUCUGUCUGUAUCCAUGUAUCCAUGCCAUGCAGCAGCUGCUGGUCUCGGUUCCGA